AUGUUAAAAAAGUUUUUUGUUUUUAUAACCUUCCUUGUUUUCAUCAUAAAUUAUAUCCAUUGUGAUAUAAUAAUAGUAGAUUCCAAUAAAGAUAUCCAAGGAUUUGAUCCAAAUUCAGUUUUAAACUUGUCUGAGAAUGUAUUUAACAUAUUUUUAGAUACCAAAACGAACAACAGUGAUAUUAAAACAGUCUAUUCAAGUAUUUUUAGUAAUUCCAAGGUGACAAUAGAUGGAACCUGUUCAUCUAUGAAAGAAUUAAUUAAAGGAAGAAGCCUAAAGUAUUUAGAUGAAUUGGGUACUGAGGAAUAUAUAAGUUCAGAUGAUGUCUUUAAUUUUUCCAUUUUUGUAUAUACUGUUAAUGGACAACCAGAUAUUAUACAACAAGUUUAUAAGAAACAUCCAAAUUAUAUUAGCUAUAUAAUAACGUGCAAGGAAAGUGAACUUUUUGACAAUAUUGACGACGCCAAAGAUAAUAAAAAUGUUUUCCAUACCAAUCCAAAUAUUCUAUCCCAGUUAAUGAUUGUCUUUUUAAUAUUUUUUUUCCUCUUUAUUGGAUUUUACUUUUUAAUAAAUAUCAGCACACCAAAAAUAUAUGAGGAAAAACAAUUAAUAAUAAAUAAAGAACAUUAA